UCGCCGAAUCGACGACUUGAGAUGCAAAGUUUAUUAUAUGUAUGUAUAUACAUACACGAAUAUGCAAUGUUUGAAUAAGUGAAAACAAUCUUUUCUUAAAAAAGCUUUAUAGUCUAUUAUUAAAAAUAAUUAUGAAAGUGAAUAAUACCAAGUCUUUGUUGAUCAUUUAUGAAAAUUAUUUUUGGUUCUACAAUUUGUGCCAGUUAUAUUAAACGUUUAUUCUUAUUUAUAUACAAUAUUACUGUGUAUACUUAUUAAAUCAAAACCAUGUCUUCAGAACAAAAGGCAGAAGAAAUCGAACAAGCAUCUCGUAAUCAAUGGAGCAUACGAGAUCAAUUGUGUCUUGCUUCAUGUGUACUCAAAUUGGAUGAGCAAGAUUGGAAUAGUAUCUCGCAAAAGAUUAAGUCUUUUGUAGAUAAAGCUAAUCUCAAAUCAAGUAGUUGUUAUUCUCAUGAAGCUUGUGAACAUCAAUACAAUGAUUUACUUCAAAGUAUUAAUUCAAAAAUUAAAAAGAAAAAAAAUUAUGGAGAAAGCGCAAGUGAUUUUAUUGUUCGUAAGCUUAGUCAAGACCGAAUUGCAGAGCUUGCAAAAAUAUUAUUAUCGUUAAAAGAAGAGUAUUAUUUUCUGAAAAGUGAAAUAAACACACUUCAAAAUGAAAAUAUUUCUCAUGAAAAAUUGAGAAAGAAUUGGAAAGCCAUACAGACCUCAAAAGAUGAGUCCACUAAAUCGAAAUUUCCCAAUUUAACUUGUGAAAAAGAACAUUGCCACCAUCUAACUGAAACUAAUGAAAUUUCUUGUGGGUGCAAAAGUCUCAAUUUGAGUAAUAAAGAUCCUACAUCUGAAUUAACAAAUAGUUUUUGCUCUGAUGUGAAAACCAGUCAAAUUAAUGAAUCUACUACAACAAAUAUUAAUGAAUCUCUAAAUGAUGACCUUGCAAAUAUCAGCAACUUAAAUGAUGAAAAAAAUGCAGAUAAUAGUCCUCAAAUUGUUUCUAUACCAGAGCAACCUACAUCGAAUAAAUCUGAAUCUAUAAAAUUGCAUACUAUUCCUUUGACAAAGGAAGAUAAUCAGAUUCAAAUUGAAGAACAAAUCCAAACACCUGUAUCAAAUGCAAUAAAUUCAGAAAAAAUUAAAGAUGACCUUAGUGAAAUAAUUGACGAUAUUGAAGAAUUGAUUCAUGAAGAGAUAGCAACUGUCCCCCAGAUUGCUAAAAAUUCUACAAAUUUAACAAAUAACUCUUCAAAAUGUUCUAUUCCUUCGUUGAAAAUAGAAAUAGAAAAUUCGAAUGACUCUCUUUCUCACUCUGAUUCAGCAGUGAGUGAAAUGGCAAUUGAGGAUAUUGACUCAAGUUCACCUAAUAUUGCUGAAAUCAUUGGCACGUCUAUACAAACAACAAAAUCCAAUUUAAUUUCUAUGCCAAUUGAUGCUUGCGACAAGACAAAAGAAACAGAUUGCAGUGAAACUUCUACUGAAACAAGUAAUAAAAAUGAUGGAUUUACUUCAAUGGAAAAGUGCUUAGAUACAGAAUGUAUAUCAUUACCUCCUGAAAAAUCUUGUAAUGAAAAAGAAAAGGAAGAAGAUCCAAAUAUUAAAGCAACAAAUGAAAAUAUAUCUACUAAAUUUGAGACUCAUAAUUUAAUAGCUAAUGAUGGAAAAAAAUUGGUUGAAAGUGAGACUUCGAGCAAAUUUCAACAGGAGAAAAUAAAUACUGAAAAAGUAGAAGUAAAAUCACCCAUUAAAAUAUAUGAUGAACAUACAAAGCUUAGUAUAACAACAACUUCAAGUUCAGCCGUGACUGCAUCUUCAUCAGAAACUACUCUUGCAGAUACGAUAAGCAGUAAUCUUAUUUCAAACGAAAUAAUUGCUGAAAAGUCGUUGAAUGAUUUCAAAAGUCCUUCGAAAGAUUGUCAUUCAACCGAGAAUAAAGACUUAUCUCAUACUAUUAAAACUCAAGUGAUGCAACCAAUAAUAGUUCAAACAAAACCUAGUGCCGAAAUUUGUGAAAAACGUUCACGUGAGAAUUCCACUGAUUCAAGUAUUUCAAAUAGUAAUAAAAACAAGAAAUCACUCUUAGUUAAGGAUAGCGAAUCUUUUUCGAACUAUAAAUCGCCUAACAAGUAUGAAAUCAACAUUUUUCAAGAGCAAAAAAGUUCAAAAAAUUUCGACUCUGAAAAAAAUGAACAAAACAAUUCCAAAGAUAUUUCAGAAGAAAUAGAAGAAGAGCCUAUAAUGAGUAAAUAUAGCGGUACCAAAGCCAUGAAAACAUAUUCUAAAAAGCAAAAUACUAUUCUAGAAAAUGAAACAGAAAAUGAAAAUAGUGGGGAAACUCCUGAUUACAGAGCAUGGAAAAAGUCUAUUUUGCUAGUCUAUAAUAGAUUGGCUACUCAUAAAUAUGCAUCCUUGUUUUUGAGACCUAUAACUGAUGACCAAGCUCCUGGUUAUCAUUCGAUUAUUUACCGUCCAAUGGAUUUACACACUUUAAAAAAAAAUAUAGACAAUGGCUCCAUAAGAUGUACAACCCAUUUUCAACGAGACGUUAUGCUCAUGUUCCAAAAUGCAAUCAUGUUUAAUAAGCAGAAUACAUCAGUCCAUAAAAUGUCUCUUGAAAUGCAAGAAGAAUGUUUACAACAUAUGCAGAUUUUGCUACAAGCAACUGAAGAUGCUCCUUUUAGAAGAGAAACAAGAACAGCCACUAUUACCAAUGAUGGAAUUGACAACAAUUUAAAAAGAAAGUGGCCAUUCACGCCUACAUGGACCGCUGACUUCGAAAACUCACGCUCUAAAAAAAGCAAAAAGUUGGAAUAUGAAUGAUGAACACUGAGAUUUUUUAGUGUGAUGUAAUUAAUAAACUCUAUAAUUUUAAGAAAAUCUAAUUCAUGAAACUUGCAGUAACAAUUAAUAAAAUAUUCUUUUAACUCAA